CUUGAUUCCGCGCUUUUUCUUCGGGUUUUGAGGUUAGGUUAUAACAAAGAAAGUGUUGCUCGUGUUGCCGGUUGCAGAAUUCUAAUUAAUUCUUUUCAUCAUCAUAUAGUAAAUAAUACUCGUGGGAAAGAGUGAAUUGGAAACAAAGAGAUACAACACGGAACAUGUAAAACAUUUAAAAUCAGGCCUUCCUGCUGUAUCCGAUUGACCACGGAACAAUUGCGAUAAACAUCUUUCAUGGACUAGAAUGACUUUAGAGAAUAUUUUUCAAUAUUUCGGAAAAAAAGACGUGGAAAGGAUUUUUAAAUAGGUAGUUGCGGCGAGGAUGUGUGUGAUGACUGUCUUUGUAAAAGUUCAUCUCAUGGAUCUUCAUCUCUAGUGACCUCGUGGCACGGAUAGUACAAAUGGAUUUUUAGACACUCUGGACCGUCCGAUAAACUCGAUUCACUGCACAACACUGAACUUGAUAUAAUGUCUUCUGAAACUCUGUUUUUUCUGGUAUAAUAAUGAUGAUGAUGAUGAUGACGCAGGACGCGACCGGAUUUCUUUGUCAAACUGUUCGCGCAGCACGAGGAUCCCGCCAAAAACUCUAUCAGCUGUCCUGGAUUUCAUCUUUUUGCCGAGCUUGAUGCACUGCUUCUAAAGAUUCAUCGGGAAGCUGAAAAAUUUUUGGGCACAACAAAGGCUAUUGAAGAACUAGAGCAAGAGAAGAGAUCCUUUAAUAAAGGAAUAGAAAAACGAGGUCCUCUUUGUGAUUGGAGGUCGUAAAAACUGUGUCAAAGUGGAUGAAAAUCUUUCGAUUUGAAGAAAGGAGCCGCACGUGAAUUUUAUUCCCUUUUCAAAUCAGGAUCAAACACAUGAGAAGGUGAUUUUUGAAACAAUGGAUUCUUCGGACUUUGAUGAUCCAACGAUGGAUGCAAUUACAAAUAUUCUAACAGAUCUGGAUGAGGAAAUAAUUGCACCAGGAUCAAACGAUACAAAAAUGUCGCUUUGGGAGAAAGCUCAACGAUUGCCACAACAUGCUCUGCAACAAGUACGAAACAUUUACGGAGAUCAUUUCCCCAUUGAAGUUCGACAUUUUUUAUCAACAUGGCUCGAAGACAAAAUGUGGAAUACCAUAGAUGCCGAAAAUCCACAAUAUGAACAAUACAUCGCUACAAUGGUCGGGUCCUUCAUUCAGGAGCUUGAAUCGAAAGCCAAUUCUCUUCAUACAAGUGAUCUUUUUCCAACAAAAAUGAAACUCUCCGAAGCAGCAGUACAAUUUCGCCAAAGAUAUAGUCAGAAUCCAAUAGCAUUAUUCAAGUUAAUAAGGCAUUGUCUGUUGACGGAGAUGAAAUUAGUAUCGCAAGUGGAGGAUUUGGGCAAUACAAUGAUGAUGAUGGCUGAUCCAAUGAUGAGCGGCGACACUGCCACUGAAAUUGCACAACAAGUUGAUGCCCUUCGUCGGCAAACACACGAGACUGGCGAGGAACUUCGUAAAAUGGAACAAGAAUUAGAAGGCUUUGCUUUAAGCUAUCAUGAAUGUACAAAAAUUAAUGCAACUCUGCAACAUUUAUCGACACAACCCCAGAAUCAUCAGAAUAUUGACUACGAAAAGAAAAUCUCAAGACAAAAGGAGCAACAAGAGCAAUUAUUAAAUCACAAAGUGGCAACAAUGCUGCAACUUCGUUUGAGUAUAGCGGACAAAUUGAAAGAUAAUGUAGGAAAAUUGAGUAUUUUACAAUCGAGAGUUCUCGAUGACGAAUUACUCAGGUGGAAGAGAGAUCAGCAAUUAGCGGGCAAUGGAGCAUCGUUUAACAGUAAUUUAGACACAAUUCAAGAAUGGUGCGAGAAUCUUGCGGAAUUAAUUUGGUUGAAUCGUCAGCAAAUAAAAGAAGCCGAAAGACUUAAGCAAAAAUCGGUACGCGAUCCUCCUGGCCUACAGGAUGUACUUCCCGCUUUAAAUUCUCAAGUCACUCAACUUUUGAGCUCACUGGUAACAAGCACCUUUAUCAUUGAGAAGCAACCACCUCAAGUAAUGAAAACAAACACACGAUUCACAAGUACCGUACGUCUAUUGGUUGGCGGUAAAUUGAAUGUACAUAUGACACCGCCGCAGGUAAAAGUGAGCAUAAUAAGUGAGUCGCAAGCACUUGCACUUUUAAAGACAGACACAAAAAUGGCGAAGGUGACAAAUGAGGCGAGUGGCGAUAUACUGAAUAAUACAGGAACAAUGGAAUAUCAUUCAGCGACGAGGCAGUUAUCCGUUAGUUUCAGAAAUAUGCAAUUGAAAAAGAUCAAACGUGCCGAGAAAAAAGGAACUGAAUCGGUAAUGGAUGAAAAGUUUUCUCUUUUCUUCCAGUCACAAUUCAGCGUUGGUGGCGGUGAACUCGUCUUCCAGGUAUGGACUUUAAGCCUGCCGGUUGUCGUGAUUGUUCACGGUAAUCAAGAGCCACAUGCAUGGGCAACAGUCACUUGGGAUAAUGCGUUUGCUGAGCCGGGACGAGUUCCCUUUGUCAUUCCAGAUAAAGUGCCAUGGGGUCAGGUAGCUACGGCUUUAAAUGUGAAAUUCAAGUCGGCAACUGGACGUUGUUUAACUGAGGACAACCUUCGUUUUCUCGCUGAGAAAGCUUUUCGUAAUACCCAUCCACUUAAUCAAGACUAUACCAAUCUUCUUCUCAGUUGGGCACAAUUUUGCAAAGAGCCAUUGCCAGAGAGGAAUUUCACAUUUUGGGAAUGGUUUUAUGCUGUUAUGAAACUAACGCGAGAACAUUUGAGGAACCCGUGGAUCGACGGAUACAUUCUUGGUUUCUUGAGGAAGAGGCAGGCUGAGGAGAUGUUGGCCAAUUGUCCUUCCGGCACUUUCCUCAUGAGAUUCUCUGAUUCAGAACUGGGCGGUGUGACGAUUGCUUGGGUUGGAGAUACAUCCGAAGUGUUUAUGCUCCAACCAUUCACAAGUAAAGAUUUUGCGAUUAGGAGUUUGCCUGAUCGGGUCUCUGAUUUGCAGCAUUUGCUUUAUCUUUAUCCAGAUAUUUCAAAAGAUCAAGCAUUUUCAAAGUACUAUACUCCCUUUUCAGAGAAUACAUCAGUAACUAAUGGAUAUGUUCGACCACUCUUGGUGACACACGUGCCAGGUUGGGGUGGACCUUCAAUGGGUGGUCAAACUCCUUCGCAUUCAUCAGUUGUCGGAGUAGGAGGAUCGAGUCAAGGUGGUCCUGGCGGUAGUUAUCCCGCUACUCCCUCAACAAUGUUCCAAGCACACAGUCCAGAUCCGUCGGUGACACGAGAUACUCCCUCGGUCGCUUCCAGUUACGCUCCGGGUCUUGGCCAGACGGGAACUGGAAGGUCAAAUUCGGAUAUGGAGUACGUUGAUAUGAUGGGUCAAGAUCUUCCUAUUGUCGAAGAGAACCUCAGCCUAGAACAGAUCAGCAAUUUUAAUUUUCCCGAGUUCAUCCAGAACUACGCAAGACCUCAAUAGGUAUGUGUUUUUUUUUGUUCAAAUGAUUUUUUUUGUCAAUUGUAAUUCUCGUCACGAAAUUAAAAGAGCAUUUUUUAGUGUCUCGAGAAAUUUUUUUUUUGUUAAUUAGCCAAACAAGAUUCAUACAAUAAUCUUAUUUAUGUCUAUGAUAAAUACAGCUAUUAAUGUGUGCAAUAUUUUUUUUGGGCCGAGACUGAUUAUGUAAUUUGUGGGAUAAUGGCUCCAAAUUUCGAACGUGACAUUUAUUCCUUUAAUUUUUCUUUUUAAACAGUAUAAAUAGAUUUCAUUUCAGUGCCUUUUUAUUGUCAGUACCUGAUGGCAAAUUUUGAAACUUCGUGUAAAUUGUUCGCAACAAAAAUAUAAUACGUAUACGUUACUUAUGGAUAAUUUUUUGAGUUUCAAUUUUUUGUUUUUAUUCGUUCGUUUUAAUUUUCAUGUCGAAAUUAAUUCUAAACGAUUUUUAAUUUUUCAGAGUAGAAAUGUCAAAAAAUUUUCGUCGGUGAAGUUCAUAAGGUUUAUGAUCAACGAUUGA